CAAGUCGUCCGUCUCGAGUGUCAGCGGCGACAGUCAGGGCGAAGAACUCUACCGAUACUCCAAACUCUUUAUGAAAGACUUUGUCUCAAAAGUAUUCAAUGAAAGCAAUGCGAUAACAUUGGAGGAAAAGGCAAAAUUUGGCGAAAUGUGUCGAACAGAGUUCGGAAGGCUAUGGUUUGCCAGAUAUAUCAACGAACAGAGAGUGCACAACAAGAAGGUUAAAGAGACCACUUUCUACAGUUUGGCGCAAUAUUUUGCGAUCGUAUUGUUUGAGUGCUCGGAAUCGGACGACUUCACACCCGCCAAGACAUUGAUGAACAUGUGUUUCACGUAUUACCACGAGAGCUAUCCAUCGCAACAGCAAUCGCAACAGUCAUCGCACUCCUGCCGACCCCACAAACAAUACCUGUAUUACGUGUUGAGAGAACAGCCCAUCUGGCGAUCCCUUCGCUUCUGG